CAAAACGAUAGUUAGAUGUGAAUAGAAGAAGAUUAUGAAUUUAAACAUAUCUAGCACCACUCUUGGUCAAAUCUACCUCUGCUGCACAAGGAAAAAACGGGUUCUGGUUCUGACCAAAGCGAGGCCCACGGUAGGAAUAGGGAGUAGUGUACUCCAUCACAUGCAGAUUUCUGUCGUAUGAGUUUUUACUGUUGCAUUCAUCUUCUGGCAGAGUCAUUCGUCAGAAACGCUCAUAAUUGCAUCUAUCAGCAUAAUUUGACGCAUAAGAAUCCAGAGUGGCCAGGUCAGGUCUUUCUCGCUCCUCUCAGCCAGAAAAAAACCAGUAAGUGAUGCACAUAACGGAGAGAGUAAAUGCUUUAGUCUAUGCCAGCAUUCAAGUACAAGAAGAGAGAAGAAAGCAGUAGUAAUGUGUAGCAGAGAAACAACAUUUUAAAAAGAGAAAGUUCAAAACUUCCAAGUUUACAUAUAGUGAUCAGAUCCAUCAUCCACAUUCCUCGCCCACCAGAAUCACACGCUGCAGCUUCAACGACUCAUUCACGGCAAUGGAAGAAGCGGCAUCAGAAUCUCAACAAAGCAUGAUAUCCAGUGGCCUCACCAUCAAGAUAGCAACUUGUUACAACAAAGCAGGUAAAGAGACUUUGCCUCCAUCUGGCUCUAAUUCAGAUUUGUCAUCUCCAAACAUAAAGAACUCAACGGAAUCAUCCACAUACAACUCUCCCUCCCUUGUAUCACCACCUUCAUCCGCAUUUGUUUCAGCCCUGCAGUCGCCUUACAUAUCUCCAAGGGCCAUGACCCCAAAAACCCAAGAAAACCCAACUCCCCCAACUCCCCUUGUCCUUCCAUCACCGCCGGUUUCAUUCAGGGGCUCGCAGUCCGAUGACAUUCCAAGCAGUUCCUACACUCCCCCAUCCGACCAAUAUGAGUUUUCCGACGACCCAGCUGACGCUAAGCUCAAAUUUGUGACUUGUGACGCAGUUCCUCCGCGCAUCUCCUUCUCAUUUCCAGUCCCUCGAAUAUCCUUCGCCAAAGGACCCGUCUCCCCUGCUUCCAAUUCCAAGCCCAGAAGCUGUGAUGUUUACAUCGGCUUCCACGGCCAAAACCCCAACUUGGUUCGAUUCUCCAAGUGGUUUAAGUCGGAGCUUGAGCUUCAGGGUAUUGCUUGCUUUGUUGCGGACAGAGCAAAGUACUCUAAUACUCAGAGCCACGAGAUUGCCGACCGAGUUAUCUGCUCCGUCGCAUAUGGGGUUGUGGUUGUGACUAAUUCAACCUUUGUUAAUCAUCUCAGCUUGGAGGAGAUUAGGUUCUUUGCUCAGAAGAAGAACCUGAUCCCACUCUUCUUCGACACUGGGCCUGCCCAGAUGACGGGCCUUCUCAACUGCAAUUCGAUUGAUAAAGAAUGUAAAGAGGCAAUAGAUGGACUUAUCAAGUCCAAUGAAUUCAAGCUGGAAGCUAAUGAGGGUAACUGGAGAAGCUGUGUAUCUAAAGCUGCUGGCAUUUUACGAACAAAGCUUGGCCGCAAGAGUGUCGCCGAGAAAGAUGUACUUGUAGGAGUAGAAGGAUUUGAGGAGCCACCCUUCCCAAGAAACAGAUUUUUUGUUGGAAGGGAGAAGGAGAUUUCUGAGAUUGAAAGUCUCUUAUUUGGGUGUGGGGAUUUUCAGGAGCAGGGGAUCAAAGGAGAAGCCAGUGGGCAAUCGGAGGGCCUGGCUGAUGAGGAAAGCGAUGAGGUGAUGAUGAGUAGAGGAGGAGGAGGAGGAGGAGGGAGAUACAUCAGUUUAGAGAUGGGUAAGAGCAAAGAACCAACUUUAGAGGCUUGGGUCGAACCGGUUUUAGGUAGGAAUUCUUUCAAGAGGCCCAAGUACAAGAAAUCCAAGAGCUUGGGAAGCGGCGUGAUUUGCAUAAAUGGGGUUCCUGGCAUUGGCAAAACGGAGCUUGCACUGGAAUUUGCUCACCGGUAUUCACAGAGGUAUAAGAUGGUUUUGUGGGUUGGUGGGGAGGCUCGAUACUUGAGGCAAAACAUAUUGAAUCUCUCUCUCCAUUUGGGACUGGAUGUAAGUGCUUAUGUUGAAAAGGAAAGGGGGCGCAUUCGGAGCUUUGAGGAACAAGAAUUCGAAGCUUUCAAGAGAGUCAAAAGGGAGCUAUUCAGGGACAUGCCUUAUCUAUUGAUUAUUGAUAAUCUUGAGACUGAGAAAGAAUGGUGGGAAGGGAAGGAUUUGCAUGAUUUGAUCCCAAGGAACACUGGAGGGUCCCAUGUGAUUAUUACAACCAGGCUAUCCAAGGUGAUGAAUUUUGAUAUAAUGCAGCUUCCAACACUGCCCUUGUCUGAUGCAAUGGCCUUGGUAAGAGGAAGAAGGAAGAAAGACUAUCCAGCUGAUGAGUUAGAAUUCCUUGGGAAAUUUGAUGAGAAGCUGGGAAGGUUGAGCUUUGGUUUGUGGUUGAUUGGAUCACUAAUGUCUGAGCUUGCAAUUGGUCCUUCUGCUCUCUUUGAAGCUAUAAACCAGGUGCCACUCAAUGAAGGCUCUCCCUCUUCUCAUAUGAGCAGCGCUGAAGAACAGUAUUGUAAGAACAAUCCUUUCCUCAUGAAGGUCCUACAAUUUUGCUUCGCAAUCUUACAGCAAACUAAUGUUAGAAAGAACCUUCUUGCCUCAAGGAUGCUUCUAGUUGGUGGUUGGUACGCCCCUGCACCCGUUUCGGCGGGUUUGCUAGCUGCCGCAGCAAAGAAUAUGCCUGCCAUAGGAAACCGGUUCAAGAAGUGGACCAAAUGCCUGGCUCUCACAUUUGGUUGCUGCUCUGGUUGUUUAGCACCACAAGCUUGGAAGAGUGAAGAAGAUUCAGCCCUCAUUCUGGUGAAAUUGGGGCUAGCACGAAGGGCAAACAGACAACAAGGAUGUUGGAUACAGUUCCAUCCCAUAACGCAGGUAUUUGCAAAAAGAAAAGAAGGCUUACAAGCUGCCAAGGCAGCUGUCCAAGGAGUGAGAAAAACAGGUAAUCCAUUGGUGAACUCGGACCACUUAUGGGCAUCUGCCUUCCUUGUGUUUGGAUUCAAAUCCGAACCCCCGCUUGUCCAAUUGAAGGCAAUUGAUAUGGCUUUAUACAUCAAAAGAACGGCUCUCCCUCUUGCAAUUCAAGCCUUCACAACCUUCUCAAGGUGCAACUCCGCAUUGGAGCUAUUGAAGGUGUGCACCAAUGUACUCGAAGAAGUGGAGAAAUCGUUUGUCUCUCAAAUACAAGAUUGGUGUCAUGGCUCGCUGUGUUGGAAGAAAAAGUUGCAAGGUGAUCAAAGGGUGGAUGAGUAUGUGUGGCAGGAAGUGACAUUGUUGAAGGCUACAUUGCUUGAGACCAGAGCAAAGUUGCUUUUGAGAGGUGGGCAUUUUGACAGUGGCGAAGACCUCUGCAGAACAUGUAUUAGUAUCAGAACAGUCAUGCUCGGACAUAACCAUUCCCACACCUUGGCUGCUCAGGAGACAUUGGCCAACUUGGUCAGGAUGAGGAGCAAGAUAUGAAACAAUUAAUGGUUCCACUGUCCACUGUUUUUUUGUUACUUCCAAUCAGUUAUAUGUAGUUAGUUUCCAACAAAAAAAAAAUGAGGAAAAGGAAUUAAGG